AAGAGUCAAAAUGGGAAUUCGCUAUUCCACCCUUUCUUUGAAAACCCCAUCCUCUUCUUUUGUCACCACUGAUGCAGCAACACUGAAAGCACAAUCAAAGUCAAACUUGAAGCCAAACUCUUCAACCUUCAAUACCCACUUGCAAAAGGUUGCCUUCCCCAUAAAACAGGAAUCACCAAUUACUUGUUCCACACCAAAAAUUUUACCUUUGAAGUGUGGAAGACUGAGAGGGAUGGAUACUCAGAAAGGAAUGGCCGCAAAACCCGUUAUUGAUUUACAUGGUAUUGAUGAGAAAUUGAUUCAGAAGAUGGUGUAUGAUGCUCUUGUUUGGAGUUCUCUUCAUGGUCUUGUUGUGGGAGAUAGAAACGUACAGAGAUCGGGAAAAGUACCUGGUGUGGGCAUGGUGCACGCCCCAUUUGCCUUGUUGCCCAUGUCAUUUCCAGAAAGACACUGGAAGCAAGCUUGUGAAUUAGCUCCUAUUUUGAAUGAACUUGUUGAUCGUGUGAGUUUGGAUGGAAAAUUUUUGCAAGAAUCACUGGCUAGGACAAAGAAAGUAGAUGCUUUUACUUCAAGACUUCUGGAUAUUCAUUCCAAGAUGGUAGAAAUGAAUAAGAAAGAGGAGAUAUGCUUGGGUUUACAUCGCUCAGAUUAUAUGCUUGAUGAACAAACUAAAUUACUUCUCCAAAUAGAGUUGAACACAAUAUCAUCUUCAUUUCCUGGUCUCGGUUCUCUUGUCAGUGAGCUUCACAGGAGCUUGCUUAAUGACUAUGGAAAUGACCUUGGGUUAGAUUCUGAGAGGAUCCCAGGCAAUGCAGCUGUCAGUCAGUUUGCAGACGCAUUGGCAAAAGCUUGGGCUGAAUAUAACAAUGACAGUGCAGUAGUUAUGGUUGUGGUUCAGAGUGAAGAACGCAACAUGUAUGACCAACAUUGGCUUUGUGCCCUAUUGAAGGAAAAAUAUCCUUUUGAAUCUUUAUAGUUUACAGUACCAAAUGAAGGUGGCAUAUUAGUUUACCAGCAUAUUCCUUAGCUUGAUAACACACACAAUGUGAAAACCAUUCGAAAAACAUUGGCAGAAAUUGAUAAAGAAGGGGAACUGCUGAAGGAUGGCACACUUCUUGUAGAUGGAAAAGCAGUUGCAGUUGUCUAUUUUAGAGCAGGAUAUGCUCCAAAUGACUAUCCUUCAGAAUCAGUAAGCAAUAUCUGCUUCUUUUUCAGUUGCUUGAUGUACUCUCUUUGUUCUGUGUGGGAAAGCAACUUUUUCCCCAUAGAGAGUCUAACACUAUUCAUUAC